AGGCUCUGCGGGUGAAGGUGUGUUGGCAGAAUUUCCAGGAGAGGUGUCAUUGAUGUAUGGUGCGGAGACCAUCUCGAAGAGCGACAUCUCCAAGACGCAUGCGGCCGUGGCGCAGUGGAAGCGUUCUCCACAGGGAGAUGUCGGCUGUGUGCUGGCAGAGGAAUGCACUUUGGAAGUGAAACAUGAGAAGAACGUGCAGACUGAAAAGCUAGAGAAGGGCUGCUACGUGAAAGUGUUGCAUGGUAGCAACGUGACCUUCGGCCAAGUUCUCUAUGAAAAGCCCAAAGAAGUCGUCAGUCGUGGUGAUGACGACUCGGAGGUCCUGGACAAACAGAUCCGCUCCGCUGGUGGAGAGGUCUUGGUGAAUUCAGCGGAUCCCAAGAGCAAUUGCAUCGAAGAAGGCGGAAAGCUAGUGUGGGUCUUGCAAGGCUCCGAGGUCUUGGAUCUCGUGCAGGACAAGGGAUGUAGUCUCGCGGUACAAACCAGCGAUUUAUUGGGAGCCAACCAAGCCAUCAUACAGGAAUGGGCCAAAACCGCUCAACCCGGAGUGCCACGCUUCCAGGAGCCACCCCGAACAGUGGCCAACAAGGAAGCUCUGUGCUUACGAACAGAUUUCGACUCCUUCUACCUGCGGGCAAAGCGUGCCACGGAAUAUGUGAGCAAGUGCAAAGUCCCCCGCGCUUUAGAAGAGGAGUACCAUGGGAGAUUGCCUGGAACAAAAAAGAAUUGGCACCAGGCCUUUGCCCGGGCCUUUGAAAAAGCAGCAGAGAUCCGAUCUGAGAAGGUUAAAGCGCCCAGCCAUGUGAAGGUCCUCACACAGGUGGAUGAUGAGUCUGUGAGGAUCAUGUGCAACUCACCGUCCUUGGAGAGAGGCUUUUUCUUGAAUGCUGCUUGCCGAGAGUGCAACAAAGAGCGGGUCAUGCCGACCAGCGGACUGGUGCUCUACCUCAACGAAGGCACCGUGCUUUGGUCACCCGAAGAGACCAUAAAGCUUCAUUCCCAGAAGCUGGAGGACAUUAAGCAAAAGCACCAGAAGAGCAUUCCGUCACCCGGGAGGGAGCUGCUGUUUCAGCGCCGCAAUGGCACGUGCAAAUUGGUCACAGAGGCUGAUGGCACUGUGGUGAGAAGAUCUCAGCAGAGAGUCUACUACUCCAAGGAUGUGGAGAGUUUGGAUGAUCCCGAUGGCCAUUGGGAAUGCUCCAUCAAGACGGGUCGGAUCUUCUUUGCUCCUUCGCACUAUUUCAAAGAAGGAGAUUGGUGGCAGGCGGCCCAAGACGCCGACGCCCAAGACACGGCUGAAGACGAGGGUGUGUACUUCUUCCAAAGAGCCAUCCCACCAAAUGUGCCGAUUUGUGCAGAGCUGACAUCCACCAAGAAGCACAAAGACUGGAUCCUUGCAGAGAUCUUAGACGAUCCUCGUUCUGGCAAGUAUGUCCGGGUUUUGCUGAGACAAACUCGUUGCAUCGAUCUACCAGAGUUUUCUACACCGAUGCCAGCUGAGUCUCGCACAGUCAGACUUUGGAGCGUACCUCACGAAAAUGGCGAGCUCGUGGAAUCCAUGCCACUUGUGCUUGCUCAUGAUGUCGUCGCUAGUGUUGGCCGGCAUUGCAGAGAUUUGCAUUGUACAACAGCAGUGCCAAGUGGUGACCCGGCCAGCGAUGUGCAGCCAUCCCUUUGCGGAGUAGGCAACACUCCACUGGAAGAAUCAUCAGUAUGGAUGCCUGGAGACCUUUGCGUCGUCCAACACACUCCACUGGGCCCUGCUCGGUCUGCUGCAGCUACCGCGCAAUGGAGAGCAGCAGAGCCAGGAUAUGAGCCAUGCCUGGAAGCAGAGCAGUUUAUCCCUCGACGAGCGCUGCGCUCUCAGACAAGUGGUAUUGUGUGCAGAGCGCUUGAAGACAGAGUGUCUGGAAGGCUCAGCACAAUGGUCUUGAAUGGAGAUGAUGUUUUUGAAGUGCAAUGCCAUGCACGGCCUUCGUGCCGUGUGGGCGAGCUCCUUCGUCGCAACGACCCGCUGAGCGCCAAAGACUGCGCUCCGCAGCAGGGCCAGGUUCUUGCGAUUCAAGAAAGGGAGCCUGGUGAGUUUGUCGUACUUCUUCGCAAGGCUUCCACAUACCUUGUCACUAGCAAAGGCAAUGUACAGGUGAAGAGCGGUUCGUUGGUUCAGAUGGGCGACGUGGUGGCCACGGAGCCGCAAGUGGUGCCACGAACCUCGGACAUCGUCCAGGGCCUUCCACGCAUCGAUCGCCUCUUCGAGGCUGCCGGUGGUGAGCACCAAGCUCGCAUAGACGAGAUUUUCGAAGAGGAGAAAAAGCACCGAAAUGUACUGAAUGCAGCCAUCCAUGCUCGCUUUAGGUUUGAGGAAGAGCUGGUCAGCGAGAUUCAGUCAGCGUAUGGCGAGCAGGGUGUGAGCAUUCAGAGCAAGCACAUUGAGGUGGUGGUGCGAAGAAUGACCGAGACGUGUCAGCUUCUGGUGGGCGUCGGCGGGCUGGCGCCGGGCACCACCUUGGAAUACGCCGAGUUGGAAGCGCUUUCGGCGCUGCAACCAAGCGGUGAGGUGAAGGUGCGGCCUUUGGUGAAUGGCCUCACCUCUGUGGGCCGAGAUAACAGCCAUGUUUUGAUGGCCAUGGGCUUUCGGGAGGUUGACACCGUUCUCACCAAUGCAGUUUUAAAAGGAAGCGGUCGCCAUGAAUUGGAUGGUGUGAAAGAGAACCUCAUGAUUGGUAAAGCGGUGAGCGUUGGAAGCAAGACUUCAAAGAAGGAGAAGCAAAAUAUCAAGUUUCAAAAGAUCCCUCAGUGGGGAUGAAGAAGUGAGAGGUGAGUCAACAUGUGUGGAGCACGAAGUGCAGUCAUCAGUGUUAAAGUGUCCUUUAUUCCUGUA